AUGAAAGAAGAUUACAGUGCAAUAAUCUUUCACUUCCCAUUGUUUCACCAACAACUUAGUGCCAUAUAUUUAAAAAACACUAUUUGUGCAUUGUUUACAAACUGUUCACGUACUGUUCAUGGGUCCCACGACACUAUUCACACAUUUAAAAAUUAUUUUGCUACAGUGUUUUCAGUUUUCAGUUUCAGCAACAAUAAGCUCAAUCCAAACGGACCCAAAGUUUGGUGUAUCGGGCCGGUGUCACUUUCCAACAAGGCAGACUUAGACAAGGCUCAGAGAGGUAACAAGUCCUCAAUUGAUGAAAACCAGUGCCUCAAGUGGUUUGACUUGUGGCCUCAGAACUAUGUUGUUUAUGCUUGUCUUGGAAAUCUUUCUCGCCUUACAUUGUUACAACUGAUAGAGCUUGGGUUAGGCUUAGAAGCGUGUGACCGGCCAUUCAUCUGGGUGAUUAGAGAAGAUAAAAAUGGGGAGAUUGAGAAGUGGAUAAUUGAGGAUGGCUUUGAAGAGAGGACAAAAGGGACGGGCCUCUUGAUCCGGGGUUGGGCUCCACAAGUACUAAUCUUGUCACACCCUGCAAUUGGAGGAUUUUUGACACAUUGUGGUUGGAAUUCAAUGCUAGAAGUGGUUUGUGCUGGUGUGCCAAUGGUAACAUGGCCUAUGUUUGCUGACCAAUUUUUUAAUGAGAAGUUAGUUGUUCAAGUACUGAAGAUUGGUGAGAGAAUGGGGGCUGAAAUUGGUAUUCCAUUAGGGGAUGAAGAGAAGUUUGGGGUAUUGGUGAAGAGGGAGGAAGUUAGGGAUGCUUUAGGAAAGAUAAUGACUGAAGGGAAAGAAAGGGAAGAUAGACGAGAGAGAGCAAGAAAGCUUGCAGAGAUGGCAAAGAUAGCAAUAGAACGAGGGUCUUCUUACCUUGACAUUGCAUUGUUAAUUGAAGAUAUUAGGAAACUAUCCAUGGGACUUAAGCCUAAGUCAUGAGACAUUUGUGGCUGCACUAUCUAAAAUAUAAGUAGCUUGUGAACUUUCCUUUUCUUUUUAUUUUUGUUUUUGGUUGUGAUCAUAACUCAUUAUCAACUUGUUGCCUUCAUUUGUUGGUGUAAUAUUAUAACUUAUUAGAUAGAACAUAUGUACAAUUCUGAAGGU